UCGCGGUUCUUGCGUUCGACUCUCUCCUUCACUAGAUAAACCAAGAUAUAAUCCCUCGACAAAAAUCGGUUAAGAGUCGUUUUAUUGUUCUAAUUUUCCUUCCCUCUCUCUGAUUUUCUCGCCCUUCUCCCCUUUCUCCCAAUCCAAACAGCCUCCAGUUUUUUUUUUCUCUUCUGCGCUAGAUGAAGAUGGCCAUUGAAGAUUCGUUUUCGCAUGCUCUUCUCUCCAUGGCUUGCAAGGAUUUCGCUGAGGAUGCACGCUCUCGACGGUCUCCUGGGAAACAUAUACCGAGUACGUUACGAAUAUGUAAAUUCCGAGUCUGUUAAGCGCUCAGGUUGUGUUUUUUUCCCCUUCUGUCUUGAUCUUACUGUGUUUGGACAUCAACUUUGAAGGAUCUAGCUAGGGUUUGGUGGAGUUUUGAGGGUCAAUUUCACUUGUGUAUCACGAUUUGUCGAAGUUUGUGGCGGACGGGUUCGUUGAUUUUUUAUUUCAGGUUUCGGUGAAGUUUGAGUUUGAUAUACUUAGGGUUUCCUGUUCAUAUGGGACGCUCUGGGUGUUGGAUCCAGUAAGAAUUCAAUAUUCCGUUGCAUUUUCGAGCAGUUAUCGUGAAAUUUGGAAUCCUAGGGCUUCCUUUGAAUCUUUAAAACAAGAUUUCUAGGAGGUUUUUGAAGUUUGGGGAAAUUGACUGGAUUUAAGGGUUUUUUUUUUGCGGGAAAUUCAAAUGGCAGGGAGGAUGGACUUGGGGUUUUCGAAGACGAGCUCUUCUAGUUUAAGGGAACAAAUGGCUAGGACUACUCUUCACAACGUAAGAUCACAAGGACACACCUAUGUGGAACUUCGUGAGGAUGGGAGGCGGUUCAUAUUCUUCUGUACAUUGUGUCUUGCUCCAUGCUAUAGUGAUUCUGUGUUGUUUGAACACUUGAAGGGUAGUCUACAUACUGAGAGGUUAGCUACGGCUAAGGUUACUCUCUUAAAACCUAACCCGUGGCCUUUUAAUGAUGGUGUUCACUUCUUUCGCAAUUCAACAGAGAUUGAGAAACCCUUGGCAAUAUCAAAUGGUAAAAGAAACAUGUCUGUAGAGAUUCAAAAUGAUGGUAACAGUCUUUCUAUUGUCAAAUAUGGCGAGAAUGUGAAAGGUGAAGGCAACAAACAUGGUGGGUUGGAUGGGGUGUGUGAUGAGGAUUUGGAUUCUACUAGGACAGAUGAUGAUAUUGCUUUUAGCCCCUCUGUGGAGGAUUUGAACGGUAAUGGAGGAAAUGAUGGUCUUUUGAUUCCAGAUGUACUGAUUAAAGACAAAAUUUCGAAUUUAAAAGUGAGCUGCAUUGGUUUUGGACAAAUUGCUGCAAGGUUCUGUGAGAAGGAUGAUGGUUCACACAGCAUUAGCAGAAUAUGGUGUGAAUGGUUGGGAGGAAAGGGGGGUAGAGAUGAGAGUGCUAUCAGGGUCCCAGAGCAUGAUUUUGCUGUUGUUACUUUCUCUUAUAACUAUGAAUUAGGUAGAAAGGAUCUGCUCGAGGAUGUGAAGCUUUUACUCACAUCUAACCCCAUGGCAGAAUCUGAGAAUGGUGGGGGAUUUAGUAGGAAAAGAAAGAAAUCUUUUUCUGAUCCUGAGGAUGUUAGUGAAUCGUUGAGUAAUCAGUGUGAUUCAUCCGGGGAGGAAUCUUCUGCUUCCACUGGUGCCUCAAUGUUGCUGUUGGACCGAUUUGAUGAUCAACUUCUUCACACAAGAUCCAUAUCCAACAAGCAUGUGAGGCGAGAGGUGAGGCGGCAACAGCGGAUAGCAGCUGAAAGAAUGUGUGAUAUCUGUCAGCAUAAGAUGCUUCCUGAGAAAGAUGUAGCUGCCCUGUUGAACAUGAAGACAGGGAAACUUGCUUGCAGUAGUAGAAAUGUGAAUGGGGCAUUUCAUGUAUUUCACACAUCCUGCCUUAUAAAUUGGAUACUUCUUUGUGAGAAUGAAAUAUUUACAAAUCAGUUGGUUGCUGCGAAAGUGGGACAAAAAUCUAAAAGAAAGAAUGGUAUUAAGAACAAGGAAAUGGCUAUGGAUGGAGAGAGUAUGGCUACGAAAACCCAAAUCAACUCUCUGUUCUGCCCAGAGUGUCAGGGCAGUGGUAUAAUCGUUGAAGGAGAUGAACUGGAGGAACCGUCUAUCCGUCUCUCUGAGAUGUUCAAAUAUAAGAUCAGAAUCAGUGAUGCACAAAGGGCAUGGAUGAAAAGUCCAGAACUACUGCAGAAUUGCUCUACGGGUUUUCGUUUUCCAUCCCCGUCUGAAAAGGCUGUUCAGGAAAAGGUGGUGCCACUAAAGGUGAUACACUUCUACAGAGCUGGUGUGUAGAGUUGGGGGCAAAUUUAUCUUCGAGGCACCCUGAAAUGGAACUCAGAUUAGGCGAUAAUAUGUAGCAUAUAAACACUAACAAAUGUGUGUAAGCUGUUUGUAGAAAGAUGGAUGCAUUACCGCUGUGGAUGGCUGAUAUGAAAGAACGUGUAGGCUUAUUGACAAAUGGAGUGGAAUAUUUCACUGUACAUUACUUGCAUAUCAUUGUGAAUGAAUGGGUUGUUGAUAAUGGUUUGACUCGAUGAAUUCUUUUGCACGUUA